UCGGGAUAAAGGUUAACGAGCGAUAUUGUUUCUAGCAACGUCGUUCUGGAGACUGGCACGAAGAGAAGAGAGAAGAAACUUUUUGCACUCGUUUUAAAAGCGUGCGCAAAGACAAACUCACCAAAGACAUCAGCUUCCGCUGUGACAAAUGUACGAUAUUUUGUAAAGGCGGAGGAAAAUUUCUGCGGAGCGUUUUGGCAAGAGUUGGCGUGAUCUUUGAAGGAGUUUACCGACAGGUUGCAUGGCUUACUGGUGUUCGCGGCACGUCUCUAGCCACGGCGCGCGACGGAGCGAGCAGGAGAUCGUUCUCUCAGACCACUAGAUGAGCUAUCAAGAGACUUGGUGCAUCAUCCUCCUCUUCACGUUCGUUGCAACGCCAGAGACUUGAGACUUCCGCGCAGCGACUGGGCUUGAACUCCAGUCGAAGAAGAAGAAGAAGGCGGAGUCUUAACUUAUUAAAAGGAACUCGCCGAGGCUCGGUCGCAAAUAUGAUGAUGAUGUCUCUGAACAGCAAGCAGGCAUUCGCCAUGCCCCACACCAGUCUGGCCGAGGCCAAAUACUCCAGUUUGCAUUCUGCGUCCUCCUCUUCCACUUUGACUUCCAACGCGUCCUCCUGCUCGACGUCCAGACACAGCAACACGAUCAGCGGCGGCGGCGGCGGCUCGGAGGCGAUGCGCCGAGCAUGUCUCCCAACCCCACCGAGCAAUAUAUUCGGCGGAUUGGAUGAGAGUUUGUUGGCCCGCGCGGAAGCUCUGGCGGCGGUGGAUAUAGUCUCGCAGACCAAAAGCCAUCAUCACCCUCCUCAUCACAGCCCCUUCAAGCCGGACGCAACCUACCACACCAUGAACACGCUUCCGUGCACCUCCUCGUCCUCCUCGUCGUCGUCCGUGCCCAUCUCGCACCCGUCAGCUCUGGCGAACCAUCACCAUCACCACCACCAUCACCACCACCACCAGCCGCACCAGGCACUGGAAGGCGACCUGCUGGAUCACAUCACUCCAGGACUGGCACUUGCUGGAGCCAUGGCCGGGCCAGACGGCUCGGUGGUCUCCACGCCUGCGCACCCCGCUCACAUGGCAGGCAUGAACCACAUGCACCAAGCUGCCAUCAACAUGGCUCACGCCCAUGGGCUGUCAUCCCACAUGGGCUGCAUGAGCGACGUGGAUGCAGAUCCCAGGGACUUGGAGGCAUUCGCUGAGCGCUUUAAACAGCGUCGGAUCAAACUCGGCGUGACCCAAGCGGAUGUAGGGUCAGCGCUGGCCAACCUGAAGAUUCCCGGCGUAGGCUCUUUAAGCCAGAGUACCAUCUGCCGGUUUGAAUCGCUCACGUUGUCCCACAACAACAUGAUCGCCCUGAAGCCCAUCCUGCAAGCCUGGCUGGAGGAGGCUGAAAAGUCGCACCGGGAGAAACUCAACAAGCCCGAGCUCUUCAACGGGGCCGAGAAGAAGAGGAAGCGGACCUCCAUCGCGGCCCCCGAGAAAAGGUCCCUCGAAGCUUAUUUUGCUAUUCAGCCGCGUCCGUCCUCAGAGAAAAUCGCAGCAAUCGCAGAGAAGCUGGACCUCAAAAAGAACGUAGUGCGGGUUUGGUUUUGCAACCAGAGGCAGAAACAAAAACGCAUGAAAUACUCGGCCUGCGUCUAGCUCGACCAGAAGACCAACGCGACGUGUCGAGAGACUCCUAAAACUGUUUAGAGACGAUUUGUAAAAUAUUUCUUAUCUCACACCUUUUUCAAUCAUCAAUAACUUGUGCAUUGAACCAGAAUUUCAUGACAUUCAAAAGAGACAUUUGAAAAUACCAAAUCACUGUCACGUAUUACGCAAAGGGGAUGUGGAAUCAUUUAAAGGAUCGUUUGACUGAUCAAGUAAGACCAUUCGUUUUUCCUCACUUAUUCUAGCACACUUUCUAUAUCAGAGGAGCAAGACUCUUUAAACCUCAACCAGACAGCCUGCCUGAAGCUGAAUAGCGUAUUUUAGUCGUUUACCAGAAAGUGUUCUGUAUCGAGCUACACACAA